GCAUCUAAACUAGUGUUUGUUCACCCAUCAAAGCUCCAACUUCAAAUGCAAUUUUUCCAGAAAAUCUCUAAUGGUGAAAGCAUUAUCUCUAACUCACCACCUCUCCUUCCUCCUACCUCACCCCCAUUCCCGAUUCACAACUUCUUCUAGAUUCUUCCAUCAGCUUUCCAUCACAAAAUCACCAUUCCCACUCCGAUUCCUCUCCACAACCCCAACCCCCUACCCUCUCCAAUACGAACUAAUCAUAAACCGCCCCGACCUCCCCAAACCCAACCGCCACCGUCGAACCGCCAAUCCCCCCAACUCACCCGAACCAAACCAACCCGACUCGCUCCAUGACUGGGCCGACGAUAAACUAUCCACCGAACCCGGUUCGUCUGAACUCGAUAAAGCCAAGAGGAAAUACUACAAUAAACGGAGGAAGAGAAUGUAUGGAUCCGAUUCCGAUGAAGAUAAUCGGAGAAAUGAGGAACAGUUUGUGGAAUUGAAACGUGAAGUGGUGGAACUGAGAAGUUUGCCUAGGAGAGAAGAGGAAUUGUAUUUUUACGAUGCUUUUGCUUAUCCCUGGGAGAAAGAUAAACAUUACAAAAUGGUUUAUCAAUUGGAGAAAAAGUUUUUUCCUCAUCAGUGUUUGGAUAAAGCUUUUCUUCAACCAGGUCAAUCAAAUUCAAAUUCAGUUUCAGUUUCAGUUUCAAUUUCAAAUUCAGUUUCAGUUUCAAAUUUGAAUGAGAAUGAGAAUGUGAAUGAGAAUGAGAUUGCUAGGGUUAGAAACAAGAAAGUUGGUGUUAUUGGUGGGGAGAAUGAAGAUAAGAAGGUUGGUGAUGGUGAUAACAAGUUAGUGUUUUUCGAGGAGAAUGUGAAAGGGGAAGAAGACAGAAAAAAGGGUGAGAAUAAAGAUCAUAGUGAGAAGAAGGUUGAGGAGUUUUUUAAGGGUUUGAAGAAAGAUGUUGAAGUUGUCGAGCCGUUUUUUUCUUCAAGGAGGACUGGUCUUCCUCCUGUUUGGGAUUCUCCACACGGGACAGUGCUUUUGAUUAACAAACCUAAAGGUUGGACUUCAUUCACAGUUUGUGGAAAGCUGCGUCGCCUUGUUAAAGUGAAAAAGGUUGGCCAUGCUGGAACUCUUGAUCCAAUGGCAACUGGUUUAUUGAUUGUUUGUGUUGGCAAAUCAACAAAACUGGUGGAUAGAUAUCAAGGGAUGAUUAAGGGUUAUAGUGGGGUUUUCCGCUUAGGGGAGGCUACUUCAACAUGGGAUGCUGAUUCACCCGUCAUUCAGCGUGAGCCAUGGGAGCAUAUCAAAGAUGAGGACAUAAAGAAAAGUGCCUUGUCCUUUUGUGGGGAGAUUUGGCAAGUUCCUCCUAUGUUCUCUGCUAUUAAAGUUGGAGGUGAAAAGAUGUAUGAGAAAGCAAGGAGAGGAGAAAGCAUUGAACUUUCGCCUAGACGAAUUUCAAUUUUCCAAUUUGACAUAGAGCGUAGCUUGGACGACAGACAAAAUUUGAUUUUUAGAGUGACUUGCUCUAAAGGGACAUAUAUUCGGUCACUCUGUGCAGAUUUUGGGAAGGCUCUUGGCAGCUGUGCCCAUUUAACGGCUCUCCGAAGAGAUUCAAUUGGACAAUAUUUAGCUGAUGAUGCAUGGGAGUUUCAAGAGCUGGAAGAGUCUAUCACCAAAACUUAUCUUUAACUUCUCUGUUUCUCCACCCUGUAACAUGCAGUUUUCUUUUUUGGUAAACAUGUUUAUGUACCAAUUCUUAAGCAUAUUAUGGCCCUCUCUGAAAUUUUUUAACUUUCAGAAUUCAUUUUUGAGUUGGUAUGUAAAAUUGAGGGAAAGGGUCUGUGAAAUUCAUUCAUUCAUUAUUUAUAUACCUUCAAUGUCCCUCAACUUACAUCUUUGGUGGUUGUUGUCGCUGUAAAAUACUUUCAAUGGAAUCCUUAUCCUGUUAUUGGAGGAAGGGAACUUGAUGAAGGGAAAUAAUAUUCUCAAUGUGUAACUUGAUCAAUGUAUUUUACUAGAAGUAUGAUGUGUUUUCUCUUU